GUCUGUCCCAGACCUGGCAACCUGCACGCUGUUCAGUGGUGGGAGGCGCUAGUCCGCAGUAGUUUCUGGAAGGAACCUCAUGCUGGUAUCAUGGACAAAGUUUCAGUAUUGAAAGACCAGGGCAACAAGGCACUGAGUGCAGGAAAUAUUGACGAGGCCGUGCGGUGCUACACUGAAGCUUUGGCCCUCGACCCUUCAAACCAUGUCCUGUUCAGUAACCGAUCCGCUGCCUACGCCAAGAAAGGCAACUACGAGGAUGCUCUCCAGGAUGCCUGUCAGACCAUCAAGAUCAAGCCUGACUGGGGAAAGGGCUACUCCCGCAAAGCUGCUGCUUUGGAAUUUCUCGGCCGAUUGGAAGAUGCUAAAGGAACUUACCAUGAGGGACUCCGACAAGAGUCGAAUAAUCAGCAGCUGAAAGAGGGUUUACAGAACAUUGAAGCCCGCCUCGCAGAGAAAUCCAUGAUGAACCCCUUCGCAAUGCCCAACUUGUAUCAGAAGCUGGAGAAUGAUUCUCGGACGCGGGAGUUAUUGUCAGAUCCCACCUACAGAGAACUGCUGGAGCAGCUCAGGAGCAAACCAUCAGAGCUUGGGACAAAGCUGCAGGAUCCCAGAGUGAUGACCACACUCUCUGUGCUGCUCGGACUCAACCUCUCUGAGAUGGAGGAAGAAGAUGAGCCCACCCCACCUCCUCGGCCCAAACCCAAAGAGACUCAGCCUCCUCCACCCAAAGAGGAAGACCUUCCAGAAAACAAGAGAAAGGCCUUGAAGGAAAAAGAACUUGGGAAUGCUGCUUAUAAGAAUAAGGACUUUGAAGCAGCACUGAAACACUAUGAAGAGGCAAUCAAACAUGACCCCACCAACAUGAUGUACAUCUCUAAUCAAGCAGCCGUCUACUUUGAAAAGGGAGAUUAUGACAAGUGCCGAGAGCUGUGUGAGAAGGCCAUUGAUGUUGGCAGAGAGAACCGAGAAGACUACAGACAAAUUGCAAAGGCAUUGGCUCGGAUUGGAAAUUCAUACUCUAAGCAGGAAAAAUACAAAGAAGCGGUUCAGUAUUUCAACAAGAGUUUGACGGAGCAUCGUAUUCCUGAAGUCUUGAAGAAGUGUCAGCAGGCAGAAAAGAUCCUGAAAGAGCAGGAGAAAGUUGCCUACAUUAACCCAGAUUUAGCCCUGGAAGAGAAGACCAAGGGAAACGAUGCCUUCCAGAAAGGUGACUAUCCCUUAGCCAUGAAACAUUACUCUGAGGCGAUCAAGAGGAACCCAAAUGAUGCAAAACUCUUCAGUAACAGAGCUGCCUGCUACACAAAGCUGUUGGAGUUCCCACUAGCCCUCAAGGAUUGUGAAGACUGCAUCAGACUUGAGCCCUCAUUCAUAAAAGGCUACACACGUAAAGGAGGUGCUUUGGAAGCCAUGAAAGAUUAUUCCAAAGCUAUGGAUGCUUACCAGAAGGCAAUGGAGCUGGACUCUUCCUCAAAGGAAGCCACAGAAGGCAUGCAGCGCUGUAUGGUCAGUCAGACCACGAGGAACGACAGCCCUGAGGACGUGAAGAAAAGGGCCAUGUCUGACCCCGAGGUGCAGCAGAUAAUGUCCGACCCGGCCAUGCGCAUGAUCCUUGAGCAAAUGCAGAAGGACCCGCAGGCGCUCAGCGACCACUUAAAGAAUCCAGGUAUCGCUCAGAAGAUUCAGAAACUCAUCGAUGUUGGACUGAUAGCCAUUCGUUGAUGAGAGGUUUGCCAGACGUGUGAAGAAACUCCCAAGGCUAAAGUGGAACAACAUGCAAAACCCUCUGAAAUAUUACAUCCUAUUUUCUUGCCUUCAAAUUCAAAAUUAUAUUGUCCUUAAUCUCACAGAGAAUAAGUGUAUGUUAUGUUUUUUUUAAACUUCACAACUUUUACAUUGUAUCUAAGAAAGCAUCUUGUUUUCAUCUGGAAACCUUGAAAACUCCAGUAAAAUCUGGAUUUAUGUGAACAGAUGCUUGAUUACAUCUUAAAAUAAACCUCUCAAUGCAGUGCACCAGUAUGUUCAGUGUUUGAAGGGGAAAUCCACCCUAAAGCGGAUCACACAUUCCUGUUGCCAUAUGAAAGUGUUGUGAAGGAAAUGAAAGAUUAAGAAAUAAAAUAAUUAUUUCUAGACUUUUAUUCUUUUAAGUUGAUCACAAAUUGAAAUUGUCAACACUUCUAUAUUUUUUACCUUUAAGGCGGCCUUCUGUCUGCUUGAUAUUUGUGUCCAGCUCAUAUCAGGAAAGUGAUUCUGUGAUUGCAGUGGCGUGAGGACAGAUCUCGUCAAAUUGUGACUAGAAAGAUGCUUUCCGUUGCUUUUUAGAUCCUUUGAGUCUGAGCUCUUGUGCCGGGGUAAAUAUCACACGGUCAGAAAAAAGUGACAAGAAUGUUAUUGGUAAAGUGCUCUGUGAGCAAAAACAUAAUGUGGUGACCUCGCACAGUCAGGAUUUUGUGGCUCAGGUUUUUAAUUUGUUAAGGAGACAUGUUGAUGAUCAAAACUAAAUAUUAAACAAGAGGGUGGUUUUACAUAAUGAAAAAAAUUGUUUGGCCUAAAUAUUUCUAAAUGGGAAUAAUGUGAUGGUUAAAGGGUGGAUUUACCUUUCUAAGCUUGCAGUUAUUGGUUAAAUAGUCAAAUAGAAUGACACUGUAGAGCACAAACCUCUGCCAAGGACCAAAAGUCCUGUCUAUUUCAAUCAAGCUGCACCAAAUUUAACACACUCCUAUCAGGCCCCUAAAUUUAUGAAAAACACCCCAUCUGGCAAUGUUAAAGAAAGUGGGGGGAACAAGUCCUGCAUCCGUCCACGGUUCCAGACGUGCUCCAAAAGUAAAAGGAUUCUUUCCUGACUUAUACCACAACCUUCCAACAGGUUUUGUGGUUAUCUGUUCUGUAGUUCUUGUGUAAUAUUGCUUCCAAUCAAACCAAAACCCUGGUACCGGUGAAAACACAACCUUCUUGGAAUAGGUAAUCAGUCUUGUACUGAGACCCCAGUGCUGUCUGUCAAUUCUUUCUAAUAUGUACUUCACUCAUCAAGGCAAUUCUUCAGGUAAAUUGUGCCAGCCUUUUCUGGUUUUAAUUGUAAUGCUCUGUAAUUCAAUGGCUUCAGUGGUGGAAAUGGUUCUCCUACAGCAGUAGAUUGCUCAGUUUCAGUUCCAGAGAGGAAAUUCAUAUAAAUAUGGCUAUUGACCAUUAGGCCAUGUGUGGCCUCAGAUCCCUCAAGAGUCCCCACAUUGUCAUAGUUAUUGCAGUGCUAUGGUUGUGAAUUUGAAUAUGUCAGAAAUUACCUUUUGUUUUCACAAUUCUGAAAUUGAAAAAAAUUAAAUAAAACAAUUCUCUAAGACAUGUGACACACAA